AUGAGGCUCAGGAACCAGAGCAGCGCAUCCGAGUUCCUCCUCCUGGGGCUCCCCGUCAGACCAGAGCAGCGGGGCGUCGUCUUCACGCUGUUCCUGGCCAUGUACCUGACCACGGUGCUGGGGAACCUGCUCAUCAUGCUGCUCAUCAGGCUGGACUCCCGCCUCCACACCCCCAUGUACUUCUUCCUCAGCCACUUGGCCUUCACGGACAUCUCCUUCUCGUCCGUCACCGUCCCAAAGAUGUUAACCAAAGUGCAGAACCAGUACAUACCUAUCACCUACGAGGGCUGUGUUUCACAGACGCACUUCUUCAUAUUCUUUGCUGACCUGGACAGUUUCCUCAUCACUUCGAUGGCCUAUGACAGGUAUGUGGCCAUCUGUCACCCUCUACAUUACAUGGCCAUCAUGAGGCAGAGCCUGUGUGCCACGCUGGUAGCUGUGUCCUGGGCCGUAGCUUUUGCUUGUGCCCUUUUGCACACUCUCCUCCUAGCCCAGCUUUCCUUUUGUGCUGACCGCACUGUCCCCCACUUCUUCUGUGACCUGGGGGCCCUGCUCAAGUUGUCCUGCUCUGACACAUCCCUCAACCAACUGGUAAUCUUCACAGCAGGCUUGGCCGCCAUUAUGCUUCCACUUCUGUGCAUCCUCGUUUCUUACGGCCACAUUGGGUUCACCAUUCUCAAGGUUCCCUCAACCAAGGGCGUCUGUAAAGCCUUGUCCACUUGCGGGUCCCACCUCUCGGUGGUGGCCCUUUACUAUGGCUCAAUUAUUGGUCUCUAUUUUCUGCCCCCAUCCAACAGUACCAGUGACAGGAAUGUAAUUGCUUCAGUGAUGUACACAGUGGUCACUCCCAUGCUGAACCCUUUCAUCUACAGCCUGAGAAAUAAAGACAUGAAAGGGGCCUUAAGAAGACUCUUGAGUAAGAAGACAGAGUUUUCCAGAUGA